GCAAUGCCGUGGACUCUGGUGUGGUGCUCGGUGUGUUAAUAUCGCUGUAUAUCGCUGUAUAUUACAGGAAUCCAAAAUCCAAUAAUCGGACGGAUGCACCCAAUCACGCAUGAAAUUGCACGCAAUUUUAUUUUCUUUUUAAUUGUUUUCCAGUGAUUUUACGGUUCCGGUAUCUUACCCUCGAAAAAGCAUCCAUUCAUUCACCUCUACCUAUUCCAAGUCCUCCCUACCAAUUCAUAUAAUAUUGACCGCUCGGUUAUUGAAUCAAUCAGAAUUAGCGUCAGUUUCUCCAUUAUUACCUUCACACCAGAUCCAUGGAUUAGAUCUUCCUCGCACUUAAUACCCAACUCUUGCACUUGCAAACUUCCCAUCUUUCUCUAAUAAACCAGCAAGAAACCCAACCACAAAACCUUCUUUCCAUCUAACCACUUCGACUCUCUCUCUACUUAAUACUAUUCACAACAAAACAAUACCCUUCCAACAUCAGCAAAUAUGACUACUGAACGUGAAAGCAAGACUUUCCUUGCUAGGCUCUGUGAGCAGGCUGAACGUUACGAUGAGAUGGUUACAUACAUGAAGGAGGUGGCCAAGUUGGGCGGGGAACUCACCGUUGACGAACGUAACCUCUUAUCCGUCGCCUACAAGAACGUUGUCGGCACCAGACGUGCUUCCUGGCGCAUCAUCUCCUCGAUCGAACAGAAAGAGGAGUCCAAGGGUACCGAUAAGCACGUUUCCACCAUCCGUGAUUACCGUCAAAAGAUCGAGACCGAAUUGGAGAAGGUCUGCCAAGAUGUCCUCGACGUCUUGGAUGAGUCCUUGAUCCCAAAAGCUGAGUCUGGAGAGUCCAAGGUCUUCUACCACAAGAUGAAGGGAGAUUACCACCGUUAUUUGGCUGAGUUUGCCUCCGGUGAUAAGCGCAAGGUUGCCGCUACUGCUGCCCACGAGGCCUACAAGAAUGCUACCGAUGUCGCACAAACAGAGUUGACCCCAACCCACCCAAUCCGUCUUGGUUUGGCUCUUAACUUCUCUGUUUUCUACUACGAGAUCUUGAACUCCCCAGACCGUGCAUGCCAUCUUGCCAAGCAAGCUUUCGAUGAUGCUAUCGCCGAGCUUGAUUCGCUUUCCGAGGAGUCUUACCGCGACAGCACUCUUAUCAUGCAACUUCUCAGAGAUAACUUGACCCUCUGGACUUCAUCCGACAACGGUGACCCAGAGGCUGCCGCUGCUGGUGAUGCACCAAAGGAGGCUGAGAAGGCAGUCGAGCCAGAGACCAAGGCAGAUGAGCCAGCUACCGAGGCCGCCCCUGCACCUGAAUCUUAGAUCUCUUAACUGUUUCGGAAUCUCUUCGUCUUCGUUCUUUGAUGUUGUUCAUCUUCUGGAGUGGCUGGAAUAUACCUGGCUUGCUGGUGGAGUGAUUGCAGCAUGAUGGCUAGGGCAUAGGAGUUGAUAUGAAAAGCAGAAUUAGGUGCAUAUUUGCAAAUACUUGUGAUUUGUCAAAGGCACCAAGAUUUUGUGAAUCCUGAUGAUCAAUGUUUUUUCUUUUCUGAUUGCGAUGUUUCCUUGCGGUAUUCUCAAGUCAGUUGCUUGUCUUUCAACAAAUGGUUACCCUUCUCUCCUCAUUCUCACGGGAUAAGGAUUCUUGAAGUUUGAACGCACAAGUAUCUACUCGACAGAAUGCAUAUUUUCCUCUCAGAACACACAGUGCCUCUAUGGCAGGACAAUAGAUCACCCCAUUCUCGUAAUCUCUUUUUUCAAGUUUUUACACAUUUGGGGGCUUGCGUACUCUGUGGUUGGCGUGCUUUUUCUGGUCUAGAUAUCCCUCGGAUUUCUUACAUCUCAAUGUUGUCAUAGCGAAUAGCCUAACGUACUCACCUAACACUAUUUUGUUGUUGUCUCCAAACCAAAUGCAAUCGCAUGACAGGAACCGUUUUUCUGAUUUUUUCUUGCUGAGUGAAUCGUGUACAUAAGAACUUUUGUGAACGUCAAUGGUAAUGGUGAGUUGUAAUAUGUAAUUGUAUUGAGUUUUUGUGUUUCUACUAGACGGUAAGUGGCAUACGAUGGAGUCUAUAUUGGUUCUUAUGCAUUUCAUGACAUUCCCCUUCGAAUUACUUCCUGUUCCA